AUGAUUAUAAGACCUAUGAUUUCAUAUGCUGCUUCGGCUUGGUGGACAAAAACUGAAACAGAGUCAGCUAAAAGAAAACUGAGUAAACUUCAACGGCUAGCUCUCCUGAUGGUAACUAGAGCCAUGCGCAGUACUCCUACUUCAGCUCUAGAAAAAUUGACGGGAACUCCUCCCCUUCAUCUUUGGAUACAAUAUGAGGCUAUGAAUGCAAAUUACAGAUUCAUGAUCAGUGAAAAACCAGAAAUAGCAGAAUUAUUAGACAAACAAAUUGAGGAAAGACUCAAAUCAAACCACAUACUUAGUAUUAAUCUAUCAGAUUCAAUGACACCGAAAUAUGUGUUCGAUAAGAAAUUUAUUGUGAAAUUUCCAAAAAGAAUACAAUGGUCAGAAAAUAACGUGACUUUUCCUCAAGACGCAACUAUAUGGUUCACGGACGGCUCAAAAAUGGAGAAUGCGGGUUGUGGAGCUUAUGAACAGAACAAUGAUGUACAAAUAAAAUCCAGUCUUGGCGGGUUUGCAACAAUUUUUCAGGCGGAAGUUUUGGCAAUCGAGCUAGCGGCCCAGUACUGUCUAGAAUCUAAGUACAGUAAUAAAGACAUUAACAUACUGUCUGACAGCCAAGCAGCCCUAGAGGCCCUAAACGACAGUUGCAUAACCUCAAAACUUGUGUUCGAGUGCAGGAUAUUUGUUAAUGAUUUGGCUUCCAGUAACAGAGUUACGUUAAUGUGGGUGCCAGGACAUUGCGGUAUUGAGGGUAAUGAAAAGGCUGACUCACUUGCCAGA